AUGGCUAACCCAAGGGGAGAGUACAAGGCCAUAACACUAAGAAGUGGAAAGGUUGUAGAAGAAACACCCCCAAGUCAAAGCCACCAAGAAGAAGAAAUUGCAAAGGAACCUGAAAUCAAGAAGGAAGAAAAAACCUCUGCACCAUCCUCACCAAAGCAAGUUCUGAAGCCUUAUGUGCGACAAGCACCCUAUCCACAAAGGCUGAGGAAGGUUGGGAAAGACAGCCAGUUCUCUAGAUUCCUAAAAAUCUUCAAGAAGAUCCAGAUGAUCAUACCCUUUGCUGAGGCACUAGAGAAAAUGUCGCUCUAUGCCAAGUUCUUAAAAGAACUUAUGACAAGGAAAAGAAACUGGGGUGAGAAAGAAACUGUGGUACUUACUGAAGAGUGCAGUGCUAUAAUACAAAAGAAGCUCCCCCAAAAAUUGAAAGACCUUGGGAGUUUUCAAAUCCCAUGUAUCAUUGGGGAUAUGAACAUUGAGAAGGCAUUAUGUGACAUCGGAGCAAGCAUAAACCUCAUUUCUUUGGCCAUGAUGAAAAGAAUGAGAAUAGAGGAAGCCAAGCCAACAAGAAUGGCACUUCAAUUGGCUGACAGAACGUUUAAAUUCCCCUAUGGUGUGGUGGAAGAUCUAUUGGUGAAAGUGGGAGAAUUCAUCUUCCCAGCUGAUUUUGUUGUGCUUGACAUGGAGGAAGAAGACAGCACAUCUGUCAUCCUAGGAAGGCCAUUCCUAGCUACUGCUGGAGCUAUAAUUGAUGUUUAA